AUGGAGAAAUUUAGAGCAUAUGCUGAUCCUCAUACCGGAAUUAAUUUAUUUGUACCUGCCUUUGUUAAUUAAAAGUUAUCCCCACUCAUUCUGCUAAUUCAUAUUAUCUUAGGAUCUUUAUUGGUUUUGAUUAGAAUUCCUUUAUUGGUUAUUCUGAUUUCAUUAUUGACAAUUUUGAAUACUCUGAAAAUAGGCACUCUAAAUUCAUUAAUUGGUAAAUUGAUGUUGCUUACUUGUGGAUUUUAUAAUGUUGAAAAUUAGAUUCCAAUUCAAGAUAAAGGUGGAUAACUCAUAUUGGCAAACCAUUCUAGUCCAAUUGAUUGGAUUUAUUUCUUAGCUUAAUCAUCGCCAAACUUCGCAACUUUCGUAGAAUGUGGUGAAGAAAUUAGAUAUUAAAUUCUGUCCUUAAAUUAAGUGAUUAAGAAUUUGUUUUCAAUUACUAUAGCAUAAACUGGAACUGGAUCACAAUUAAACGAAGUUAUACUUUAAAAUAAGCCAACCUUGCUGUUUUUUGAGGGUUGUUAAACAAAUUAAUUAGGAGUAUUGUCACCACCUAAAUAAAUGAUUUCUGAAUUACAAAACCUUGGAUUACCUAUUAACAUUUAUAUAUUAACAUAUCCUGACAGAUCUAUAUUUACUCCUAUCAAUACUACAAGGAAUGGACUUUGGCACUUUAUACUGUUGUUAACAAAUGUUUGGAAUAAUUUAAAGGUUGUCAGCCAAGAAUUUUAAAGCUCCAAAGACUAUUAGAAGCUCAUAACUAAUAUUUAUGAGUGUGAAGGAUUUAAAAUAAUCAAUUAAAAAUACUCUGUAUAAACAGAAUUUUUAAGCUAUUUUUGGAGAACUUCGAAAGGAAAUUAUGUUAAAUAAGAUUGAAUAUUCUAUUUAUGUUUUGCAAAAAUUAAUAAAUAUCUAAUUCUAC